AUGAACAAGGCUUCCGUUUCCAAGGAGCUCGAUGCCAAGCACGCCAAGAUUUUAGAAGGUCUUCUUAAGCUGCCGGAAAACCGGGAAUGUGCUGAUUGUCGGAGCAAAGCCCCACGAUGGGCAAGCGUGAACCUGGGAAUAUUUAUUUGCAUGCAAUGUUCAGGAAUCCAUCGGAGCCUUGGAGUGCACAUUUCAAAGGUCCGGUCUACUACUUUGGAUACAUGGCUGCCAGAGCAGAUUGCUUUUAUGGAAUCUUUGGGUAAUGAAAAGGCAAACCAUUAUUGGGAAAAAGAGUUGCCACCAAAUGAAGACAGAAGUGAGAUUGAGAAGUUUAUUCGUGCCAAGUAUGAGGGGAAAAAGUGGGUUGCGAAGAAUGCAAAACAGCCCGCUCCUGAACUAGUUGAAAUGGGCACCAGUUCCAACAAGUUGGUAGAAGGUGGAGCCACCAGUGGGAAGAAACUAAGGAGGCAUUCUCUUGAGGAAGCAGUACUUCCUACGCGUCUUGCAGAAGAUGCUCCUCCAGUAGCAAGACCCCGCACGGUUUCUUUAGAUUUGAAUCACACGUUGACUAGUUCACCUCUACCAAAGGGGCCAGCACCGAUGACAGAUUGUAAUACAGCAACAACAAAGAGCAAUGGUGAAACAAAUCUCUUCAAUUUGCUUCAUGUCCAUGAUGCAAAACAGGAAUGUGUAACUGUACCUCCUGCACGCUGGGCAACUUUCGAUUGACAUGGCUAUUUGAUUUAAGCCCCUGGGAUUAAUGUUUGGCCAGCUGCUGACAUUAAAGUCAGAGUGGUACUUGAUGUGGGCAGUGUUUGUUCCUGGGAAGAAAUGUGGGAUUGGACAGUACAUAUAACUGUUCAUCAAGGAUCUCAAGUAUGAAAUAGAAAUA